AUGUUAGUUUAUAGUGUACCAAAAGGAGGACUCAAUAAGGGAGUAAUAAUACCAUUAAUAUUCUAAUGUCCUUAAGAAUGUGUAUGUAAAUCUUCUAAACCAACUCAAGCUUGGUAUCAUAAAAAAUGUGGAGACCCUUCUUUCAUAACCGAAAAUGGUGACAUUCUAUGUAAAAAUCACUUAAAGGACUGUUCAGGAUAUUUUAUUCAAGAUGCCUUUUUUUAAUGCAAUAAGGCACGCCAAUCUAACACCUGGUAUUAGCAUAAAUCAAGAUCGUAACUUUUAAUGGCAUUAUCAUUUGCUUUAAAUGCAGCUGAGCAUAAUCUUGAUUAAAAUGCCCUUAAUUAAUUUACGAAAAACAUCCUUGAUUCGGUGCAAAAAAGAUUCCAUAAUUGACUUUUGGAAAUUAUAUAAUUGUUAGAUCAUUUAAUAAUCAUUUUUUUUAUUAAAAGAUGAAGUAUCUAAAUUUCAAUUUAAUACGUAUAUCAGUUGAUAA